AUGCUUAUUAUUCAAGUCGUCUCAAACCCAGUUGCCGCGGAGGGCUUACAACAGAGAGCUUCUUACCCCGACGAUCACCACCUUCCACCGGCGGCUUCAGCCUUCAGUUCACUUCUCCGGUUACUGUUUCCACUACUUCGUCUUCUUCUUCUCUGCUUUUUCCGCACAACUUUCUCAAUGGACAAGAAACACAUAAGUCAAACUUGGGUUAGCAUUAUGUAUCAGAGAUUUGAAGCUGCAUAUCAAGAGGUUGAUGAAUUUAUGAACAAUGAUACAGUCAAAUACGUUGAAAACCAUAUGCAAACAGUUGGAGAGAGCAUGAAGAAGUUCUAUAAUGGAGUUAUGCAAGACCUUAUUCUUCCUCCAAAAACUCAAACCUACACAAAUUCAAUUUCAUCCAUUAAAGAAAACACCAUUGAUUCUUCUUUGAUCCCUAUUGAAGAACAAGAUACUAACCCUAAUUUUGAGAAUGAAGACAAGAUAUCUUUUCAAGAAGAGGAAGAAAUAGUUUAUAGUAAAACUUCAGAGAGUGAUGAUUCUUUGUUUGAAGAUGCAGAUUGGGGUGAUUAUUUCUCUGCAUCUUCAUAUGAUGUCUCAUCUUGUGAAUCUUCCACACACAAUAAUGAUUCCACAAUGUCUUCUUCUUCCGAUUUUGCCCUUUCUAAUGAAACUACUCAUGAAGUAAAUAACUCCAUGGUUGACUUUGAAGAGCUUAACAUGGACACUAUCGAUUUGAGUGAUAAAGAACAACUAGUUGAUAGUUGUGUUAUUGUCGAGGGCGAAAAAGUCUUUUCCUUCUCCUAUGGGUCAGGAAAAAGCAAAUCUUACAAGAAAAUCAUAAAAGAUGCUUUUAUGUCAAGAAAUAAGAUAACAAAGGAGUAUAAGCAGCUUGCAAUUUGGUGUGGAGAUAUUGAAAAAGAAUUCAGCCGAAAAACAGAUGAAAAUGCAACAAAAUCACAAGUUCAAGAUUCUCAUGAUUCUGAAUGGGAGCUUUUGUAGAUAAUUUUGUGGGUUUUUUAAAUCAUAAGUGCAUCGUAUUUUUGCAUAUAAAGGUGAGAUAAGUGUUUAUAGGAAGCUUCUUUUUUUUUUUUGCGUAAAGAAAAAAAAUUAUUGGUUCUUAAUUGUUUUAUAUGGAUUUUUACGAGGAAAACUUGGAUUUAAGAAUUUAUGGUUGAAAACGCACACAUGUUUUAGUUAAUUUUCUGUUUUUUAUUAUGUCAAACGUUCGAAAUUUUGUUUA